GCACGCGAGGGGGCGGUCCGCGGAGGCUCCUCCCUGGACCGUCGGGCCGCGGUCGGGCCCGGUAGGAGGAGCGCAGGCUGGAGCGAGAGGGUCCGUUGACAGCUGCUGACAGCUGGCAGGCGCGGGGGCCAAGAGGCGGCAGUGUCCUCAGCUCUCCGGUCCGCGAUCCUGGCCGCCUUCAGGCUAAGUUUUGACCGAACGAAAAGGACGCGCCUGCCUUCUGGUCGCCGCUGCCGGGAAAGGCUGCAUGCCGUCCUGGGGGCCGGUGGGCCCGGCGCGCUGACCGCGUUUUCCCUUUCCCGCCGUCCCCCGAUUCCUGCGGAGCCGGCUGCCGGCGGCUCUUGCGCGACGCUCCCUGGCCCCGCCGCCCGCCCCGGGCGCUGGAGGCUGGAGACCGGAGUCCCGGGGCCUGUGCCGGGUCGGCGGCGCACUCUGCGGUGGCGGAUGAGCGGCCCGGGCGGCGGGGCCUGAGCACGGCCCGGGGCCCUCAGGGCCGGCUGCUGGCGGGAUGGGCAUCCUGGAAGGGGUGAUUUGGGCCAACGGGAGCACAGCCCCGCCCCCACCCGCGGCCCCCAACAUCAGCGUGCCGCAUCGCUGUCUGCUGCUGCUCUAUGAGGAUAUCGGAACCUCCAGGGUCCGGUACUGGGACCUCUUGCUGCUCAUCCCCAAUGUGCUCUUCUUCAUCUUCCUGCUCUGGAAGCUUCCAUUCGCUCGGGCCAAGAUCCGCAUCACCUCCAGCCCCAUUUUUAUCACCUUCUAUAUCCUGCCGUCCAUCCCCGUUGGGUUCUGUGAGACCUCUUUGGAGCAGACUUCCUGCCUGUCGGGAGACCCCGAGUUCUCAUCAUUCAGUGGAACUGGUGUGGGCUGCCUGGGAGAGGUGUUCGUGGUGGCGCUGGUGGGCAUCGCCCGGGCCGUGGUGUCCAUGACGGUCAGCACCUCGGAUGCUGCGACUGUUGCCGAUAAGAUCCUGUGGGAGAUUACCCGCUUCUUCCUGUUGGCCAUCGAGCUGAGUGUGGUCAUCCUGGGCCUUGCCUUUGGUCACCUGGAGAGCAAGUCAAGCAUCAAGCGGGUGCUGGCCAUCACCACGGUGCUGUCCCUGGCCUACUCUGUCACCCAGGGGACACUGGAGAUCCUGUACCCUGACGCCCACCUGUCGGCUGAGGACUUCAACAUCUAUGGGCAUGGGGGCCGCCAGUUCUGGCUGGUCAGCUCCUGCUUCUUCUUCCUGGUCUACUCUCUGGUGGUUGUGCUCCCCAAGACCCCGCUGAAGGAGCGCAUCUCCCUGCCUUCGCGAAGGAGUUUCUACGUGUAUGCGGGCAUCCUGGCGCUGCUCAACCUGCUGCAGGGGCUGGGAAGCGCGCUACUCUGCGCCGACAUCAUCGAGGGGCUCUGCUGUGUAGAUGCCACCACAUUUCUCUACUUCAGCUUCUUUGCGCCCCUCAUCUACGUGGCCUUCCUCCGGGGCUUCUUUGGCUCGGAGCCCAAGAUCCUCUUCUCCUACAAAUGCCAAGCGGACGAGGCCGAGGAACCGGACGUGCACCUGCCCCAGCCCUACGCCGUGGCCCGGCGGGGAGGCCCCGAGACAGCAGGGGCUGCGAGCACACAGUUUGACUCGGCCGGCGGGGCAGCCUGCCUGGACGACGUUGCGUCCAUGCCCUGCCACACGGGCAGCAUCAACAGCACAGACAGUGAGCGCUGGAAGGUUGUCAGUGCCUGAGUGUGACCACCGUGGCCGGGAGGCCUGCUGGGGCCUGUGCAGGCCAGGCUGGAGAGAAGACCAGGGAGUGCCAAGUCGCUGGGGGAGGAGGAUGAGGUCACGGGACCUUCUGGGCAGCAGCCCCACGCAGGCCCUGUCUCGCCUUCUGUGCCUCCGGUUGCCUCUGGCCACCUCUGCUCUAGCUGGGGGCUGCUUCCCCCUUCCACUUCCACCUGCCCUCUCCCUGCUCAGCAACAUGGCCCAGACUCUGAUCUCUCAGGGCCAGGCCUGGCUAGGCUGGCUGAGGGCACCUCCUUUCUCCAAAGCCUGGGCACCCAGGGCCGGUCUGGCCCUUCUCAUCCCUCUGCCUCUUCCCCAUGGCGCUUUGGCCUCCUCAAAGCCCACUCUGGUGGGUGGGCUGAAGUGUGUAUAUUUUCUUGAUCUAUUUUUUAAUAAAAAACAAAAGGAGCAGAA